CGAGACGCAUAUAGUCGUAGACUAAACUACGCUAGCAGAUACAAAAACUAGCUGCCUCGAUCAGCCACCAUGUAUGCAAUCGAGAGUUCUCCAGCAAAAAAGAAGGAUGCCACCGGCGACAUCGCCGUCGACCUCUACCCAUUCAUACGUGAAUACAAGGGCGGCCGCAUCGAGCGCCUCCUGCACAGCUCAUUCGUGCCGGUGUCGGAGGACGCGGCCGCCAACCGCGGGGUGGCAACCAAGGACGUCAUCAUCGACAAAAGCACCGGCGUGUCCGCACGCCUGUUUCUCGCCUCCCGUGCUGCUGCUGCUGCUGCCGCGGCCGGCGAGAUGCUUCCUGUCAUCGUGUACAUCCACGGUGGAUCGUUCUGCACGGAGAGCGCGUUCUGCCGGACGUACAAUAACUACGCCAAGUCCCUCGCUGCUCGCACUGGGGCGCUCGUCGUGUCCGUGGAGUACCGUCUUGCACCGGAGCAUCCCAUGCCUGCGGCCUACGAUGAUGCAUGGGCUGCGUUACAGUGGGUGGCGUCCCUCUCUGAUCCAUGGCUCGCUGACUACGCCGACCCCGAGCGCAUGUUCCUCGCCGGCGACAGUGCUGGUGGCAACAUCGCCUACCACACGGCGGUGCGCGCCAGCCGCGAUGGCAGCCUCAUGGACAUCGAGGGGCUCAUCAUCGUGCACCCCUACUUCUGGGGCUCCGAGCGGCUAGCCUCUGAGACCGUCUGGGACGGGGUCGCGAUGUUUUCACCUGACCUUGUAGACAGGCUCUGGCCAUUUGUGACGGCAGGCCACGCGGGCAACGACGACCCCCGGAUCAAUCCUCCAGAGGAGGAGAUCGCGUCGCUGACAUGCCGGCGUAUGCUGGUGGCCGUGGCUGAGAAAGACAUCCUGCGGGACCGUGGCCGCCAGUUGGCGGCCCGCAUGCGUGACUGCGCGUGGGCUGGUGACCACGUGGCACUGGUGGAGUCAGAAGGCGAGGACCAUGGCUUCCACUUGUACAACCCACUACGUGCAACCAGCAAGAUGCUGAUGGAGAGUAUAGUGCAAUUCGUGAAUCAGCGUACCGCCUUGGCCUUGCCACUGCCGGCCGCUUUGCUCCCGGAGCUGCACGAGUUGCAUGCAUGCGAGGGUAAGACAUCAGACAGUGAGAUGAACUCUGCUAAACCUAUUCCAGGCGUGCCUGCAAGGCCAUAUAUAGACAUGUUUGGAUAUGGGAUGGCCAUGAAAUAUUGGAGUGGCCAGAAAUCUAUGCCACGUGGUUCUUUACAUAUUGGACAGGCAAAAGCAUCCAGGACUAGGUAUGGGUUAUUUUUGGGCGGAACGAGGCCUAACAAGACAAACAAGGUAUCAUUACCAGCAGCAGCUCCACUCCAGCGAGUUCUAUUAUCAACAACUUUUUCUAGUGGGUGAAAGUCUACAAUGAAGUGUUGGCUGAUGACUAUGCCCACAUGCAAACAGGGAUAAGAGUUAUGCCCAUAUAUAUAUAAGUGUAAUAAGAAAUACUAUAAGUUAUUAUUUUCCUUAUCAACUACACUACAAGGCAAAUAGCAUGUAGAGACAUUAUUUUGUGUUGCUGGAGACAUUAUAAGAACCACUAUAGACUA